AUGACAUUACAGCCGUUUAGCUACGAGCAACUGAACUUUUUUAAGUUCUCCUCGUUAGUAUUAAAUGAAUUUCCAAGAGUCUUACGGCAGACCUUUAAAACCAUGUGGGACAACACCUAUGGAGGUCGACCUGGUUUCCAGCCCUGGGAUGACUCAACUGCUGUGAGAAAUUUAUUUGCCACUACAGAAGGUGGUAAGACUAAAGUUCCUAUUCACCAGUCUUACAAUGAUUGGGAUUGCACCAAUCUCUUCCAGGCUACAAUAUUUGCGCGGUCAUUUGCCUUACCAGUUAGCGCAGGCUCCUUCACCACACUCAGUGAUUUGUACGUGAAACCGCGCGCUAUACCUCAUGAUAGUUUCCACGCAAAUGUGCUCAGCCCGGGUGGGAACAAGGCGGAGACCUUUGCACUUGCAAUUGAUCAGCUUCGUCGUCUUAGGAAUUCACUUUGCCACCCGAAAAAUUCUGAGAUGGACAAAGCGACCUUUGAUCAGCGCGUGAAUUACGCCAAAGAUGCGUUUAAGGCCCUUGGUGUCUCGACGGUCCCAAUUGACGCCGUUGGUGGCUUGACGGAGUCGGACUUUCCCACAAAUGAAGUUCGCAGAUUGGAAAUGAAACUCAGAGACGAGAGUCGAGCGUACAUCAAAUUUCUCGAGGAAGUGAGUUCAGACAUCUGUGAGAUAAAAGCGAUAUUGCAUUCUAUAAAACAGGCAAACAAGGAAGACACCAAACAUUUUGCUACAGGAGCACAAGCAGAGUACGCUACGAUUCUCGAGGGUGUAAAUGCAGAUAUCAAUGUUUUGAAACAGAUGAGUGAAGAGGACACAGCCAGCAGAGAAGUCAUGGCUAGAUUGGAGGAAAGGAUAAAUGAGUUGAAAUCAAGGAAAGAUGAACGUGAUAAACAGUCUGAAAAUUCAGGUAAGAAAUGACAGACUGGAAUGAAAGCGGUGAAAGUUAAUCAACGCCGAAGUUUUAGAGUCCGUCUAGCUAGUUCCAUAUUCCUAGCGCCAGACAAAACACGGAAGUCAAGAGAACUUCUGUUCAGUUGGUAAAAAAAACACACUUUAUUUGAGUGUCAACGCAUUUGGUUCGAAAUUACUUAUUGAGGACACUAUUUUUAUGUCUCCCACCAUUUUACUCGGUUAUCAGGGCAAGAGCGGCAGUGCCUACACUUCUCAGUUUUUUAGGACCCUUAGUAUUGGUCCGGCCCUAGGGAUCAAACCCGUGAACUCCAGCAUUGCAGUCAAGUGCUCUACCAAAAGCUUGUCCUGCCCCGGUUAAGUGCUUUAAUUAUUCUGCCUAAAAUGUUACAAGCGUUAGGUUAUGCAAGAGUAAAUAUUUUGGGUUAUUUGCAGGGAUUAAAACUUGCCCACAAACACUUGUCAAUUAUAAUCAGAGAAAUAUGUACUUUGUAAAGAGACAUAGGCCUUGCACAUCACCAAACGUUUGGUGGCUUGAAGUGGCUCCAAGCCUGCAUAGCUUGCCAUAUAAGUAUGCUUACCUGCUACAUUACACGAGUGGAGUGCUUUUGUUUGGCGUUGGGGUAACUAGGAGAGAGUUGAAUUGGAGUAAAUACUAAAGAGUUUAUAAGAGUACCUGCGCGCUCCAAUCAAGACUGCGUGCCAGUUAAGUCGAGGCGUGGCAAGAAUGGAUAAAGUAAACUGGCUGAAAGAGAAUAGCCUUCUUCGCAGUCGAUUUUGAGAUGAGAAAUGGCUACGAAGGAUGCUAGCAGUUUAUCGAUUAUUCCCGCGCCAUCUACACAACCAUGUUAACAUCUUCAUCACUUAGCUGAUCGACUAUGUUUUUUCUUUGUUUCAAAAAAGCAUUUCUAAAUUCUAUGAAAGUCAAGUGCCACUAGAUCGAUCUUUUAAGUGAGUCGAUCUGUUUAUUUGUUUACAUAUUUGCGCAUAUCUUUUGAUGAGUUUUACGGUUUUUUUUUAAAGGUAUGAGGUCAUCGCUCCUUGGAGCUCCCCUUCCUUCAGUGGUUCCUAAUUUUACUGGGCGCCAGGGUGAGUGUGAGGAGAUCAUCCGACACGUUUCUUCCGAGUCUACCCGACUGGUGUCAAUCUGGGGUUCACCUGGAUUCGGAAAAACAUCGGUUGCCAUUGCGGUUGGACAUGCACUUCAGUCUCAAGGACUGCCUGUUUAUUGGGUGUCAUUACGGGGAGUGCGCUCUAAAGCAGACUUGGCUUCCAAGUUUCUUAGCUUUCUGAGGAAACCUACCACAACAAAACAACCUUCUGGUCAACGUCUAUCCAUCGAUGAAGAGGUUCGGCAACGUUUCAGUGAUGUUUCAAAGCCAUCUGCGUUUAUCCUUGAUAACUUCGACGAUUUGUUAGAAAGUGGUUCGCCGAACGCAAAGGAAGAGGUCAUGCAACUUCUCGAAGAGAUUCUAGGGCGAAAUCAAAUGUUGACGUUUGUCGUAACCACGAGAGAGUCUCUUGAGUAUAUGGACCUCCAUUUUCAAGGUCAUAAGGGUUUAAGAAUAAGGCCAUUGGAUAAAGCCUCUGCUAUGACCCUAGUUUCUGAGUUACUUCCAAAUGCAAGCGCUGCAGACUGUACACAAAUCGCGGAAGUCUGCGGACAAGUUCCUUUAGCGGUGAAGUUGAUGUGUUCUUUGAUAUCUGAAGAUAGCGCUCAACCACACCAGAUUAUAGAUUACUUCAUGACGUCCUCGACAGAAGACCGUAUUAUUGAAAUGUUAAACAAUCCAGAUUACCCAGCUCGUCACCGAAUACAGUUCUUGUUUGACUCUUCUUUCAAGAACCUCACAAUACAAGAAAAAGAUGCACUUAUAUCCUUAAGCAUUCUUCCUGAGAGUUUCAGUACAGAAGUAGCUGCAGCCGUUUUAAGUGACACAGGGUCUGUGGAAGCCAGAAAGAUAUUAGGAAGCCUUCGAAGAAAGUCUCUCAUUGAUUCAAGCUCUAAACCGGGAACAUUCACAAUGCACAGACUCCUGCAAUCAUUUGCAAGAGAGAAGGGAGAAAGAGAGAUGAGAAAUACCUUGCUGAACUCAAAGAGUCGUUUGAACGCGUUCUACAUAAGCUUUUUGGAGAAGCUCAAUAAACAAUUUCUCACCGGGAACUCAAUGGCAGCAUAUAUGGAAUUCUUUGAAAAUAAGAAGAACAUCAUUGAAAGCCUAGUAGAGAGCUGUUUCGAUUCCGAAAGAGCUGACAGCGUUUACGAUGUACUAGUGAAAGGAGAGAUAUUUCUUGACUCGCUUUUUUGGAAUACGAAUGAAGCACAAAACUUUUUUCACAUAUACGACUCCGCCAUAAAGGCAGCCAAACUACAAGAGAAAGACAAAUACUACAGGCAACUACUUUCUUCAAUAGCUUUCGGUGAGGUGACCUGGGGAAGAAAAGGAAAGACGAGGCAUCUUCUCUCACAAGUGAAUGCGCUUCAAACUGCAGCUCCUAUUGUCCCUAACCUGGAAAAAGGAAAAUAUUUGUGCUAUAUGGGAAUCUAUCACUUUGUAACAGAAGAAACGAAUAAUGGAGUGCAGUUCCUAAAAGACGCCCUAUCAACACUGAAAAAUUGUAACAGUACAGAAAAACAUAUUCUGGAGAUGGUUAUUUUUCAGAUACUUGCUGUUUAUUUUCAGUCUCUUAACGACCUCUCCAGUGCAACUACCUUCUAUGACAAAGCAAUCCACCAAUGUAUGGCAAUGGGGGACUGGCAACUACUUAUUAUCCCGUCAACAAAAGGGGAAACAAGGGAAUCUAUCAAUGAAGUAAAACUUCAAAAAAACUCGGACAACUUGCUACGUCAACCACUGAAAUGUGAGAUUGCCAUUCUAUUACACGAAGCAACAAACACUUUUGUUGAUGCUAACACCAAGCAAUGUAUACACAAAUCGCUUCUCCAAAUCGUAGAGAAUAUCGAGGGAGAGGUUCAAGUUACUCCCGGGUUGCUUACUUUUCAUAGCGUUGUGACAAAUUUACUCUGGAAAUUAAGUAGUGGGGACCCUGCUAAACUGUAUGAGGCCAGAAUCAAAUACCACGAAUCUGCACUCACCCAAUGCACAGAAAGCCCUCUUAACAUAGACGAAUUUGAGAACGUUAGUCAUUUACAAAAUGAAGCACUUGCAAGGUGCUUGUUAGACCUAAGUAAAGUUUUCAAAGAAAGAAAAAGCUAUCACAAGGCUCUCCAGGCAAACCACCAAGCCCUUGAGAUAUCGGAGAGAAGUUUAGGAGAAAAACAUGAAAGCACUGCUGACAGCUACAGGCAACUCGGUGUAACACAACACGAAAUGCAUGACUACAAUUCAGCUCUUCAAUCCCACCAGCGUGCAUUGGCUAUCCGUAUUAAACUGUUUGGAGAAGAACAUGAAAGCACUGCUGACAGCUACAGGCAACUCGGUGUAACACAACACGAAAUGCACAAAUACACUUUAGCUCUUCAAUCCCACCAGCGUGCAUUGGCUAUCCGUAUUAAACUGUUUGGUGAAGAACAUGAAAGAACUGCUGACAGCUUCAUGCAACUCGGUGUAACACAACACGAAAUGCAUGACUACAAGUCAGCUCUUCAGUCCCAUCAGAGUGCAUUGGCUAUCUGUAUUAAACUGUUUGGAGAAGAACAUGAAAGAACAGCUGACUGCUACAGGAACCUCAGUGCAACACAAAACAACAUGCAGGACUACACCAAAGCCGUUCAAUCCCGUCAGCGUGCAUUGGCUAUCCGUAUUAAACUGUUUGGAGAAGGACAUGAGAGCACUGCUGACAGCUACAGGCAACUCGGUGUAACACAACACGAAAUGCAUGACUACACCUCAGCUCUUAAAUCCUGUCAGCGUGCAUUGGCUAUCCGUAUUAAACUGUUUGGAGAAGAACAUGAGAGCACUGCUGACAGCUACAGGCAACUCGGUGUAACACAACACGAAAUGCACAAAUACACUUUAGCUCUUCAAUCCCACCAGCGUGCAUUGGCUAUCCGUAUUAAACUGUUUGGUGAAGAACAUGAAAGCACUGCUGACAGCUACAGGCAACUCGGUGUAACACAACAUGAAAUGCAUGACUACACCAAAGCCGUUCAAUCCCAUCAGUGUGCAUUGGCUGUCCAUAUAAAACUGUUUGGAGAAGAACAUGAAAGCACUGCUGACAGCUACCGGCAACUCGGUGUAACACAAAACAACAUGCAUGACUACAACUCGGCACUUCAAUCUCAUCAGCGUGCAUUGGCUAUCCGUAUUAAACUGUUUGGAGAAGAACAUGAAAGCACUGCUGACAGCUAUAGGCUACUCGGUGUAACACAAAACAACAUGCAGGACUACACCAAAGCCGUUCAAUCCCGUCAGCGUGCACUGGCUAUCCGUAUUAAACUGUUUGGAGAAGAACAUGAAAGCACUGCUGACAGCUACAGGCAACUCGGUGUAACACAACACGAAAUGCAUGACUACACCUCAGCUCUUCAAUCCUAUCAGCGUGCAUUGGCUAUCCGUAUUAAACUGUUUGGAGAAGAACAUGAGAGCACUGCUGACAGCUACAGGCAACUCGGUGUAACACAAAACAAGAUGCAUGACUACAACUCAGCACUUCAAUCUCAUCAGCGUGCAUUGGCUAUCCGUAUUAAAUUGUUUGGAGAAGAACAUGAAAGCACUGCUGACAGCUACAGGCAACUCGGUGUAACACAACAUGAAAUGCAUGACUACACCAAAGCCGUUCAAUCUCAUCAGCGUGCAUUGGCUAUCCGUAUUAAAUUGUUUGGAGAAGAACAUGAAAGCACUGCUGACAGCUACCGGCAACUCGGUGUAACACAAAACAACAUGCAUGACUAUAACUCAGCACUUCAAUCUCUUCAGCGUGCAUUGGCUAUCCGUAUUAAACUGUUUGGAGAGGAACAUGAAAGCACUGCUGACAGCUAUAGGCUACUAGGUGUAACACAAAACAGCAUGCGUGACUACAACUCAGCACUUCAAUCUCGGCAGCGUGCAUUGGCUAUCCAUAUUAAACUGUUUGGAGAAGAACAUGAAAGCACUGCUGACAGCUACAGGCACAUCGGUGUAACACAACACGAAAUGCAUGACUACACCUCUGCUCUUCAAUCCUAUAAGCGUGCAUUGGCUAUCCGUAUUAAACAGUUUGGAGAAGAACAUGAAAGCACAGCUGACUGCUACAAGGAACUCGGUGUAACACAAAUCAACAUGCAUGACUUCACAUCAGCCCUUCAAUCUCAUCAGCGAGCAUUGGCUAUCCGUAUUAAACUGUUUGGAGAAGAACAUGAAAGCACUGCUGACAGCUACUGGGAACUCGGUGUAACACAACAGGGAAUGAAUGACUACACCUCAGCUCUUCAAUCCUUUCUGCGUGCUUUGGCUAUCCGUAUUAGACAGUUUGGAGAA